AUGUCAACUAGAUUAGCCGCAUGUGAACCUUGCAGGAGGUCCAAGCUUGCGUGCGAUCAUCAACAGCCGGUCUGCAACCGGUGUAGGGAUGGCAACCGACCGGGUCUUUGUAUCUACAGAAGUGCGCCGUUCAAAAGACGAAAGACUAGCAAUGCGGUGACAGAGCACAUAUCUUCUCGUCACGUCACCACUUUUAGCUCUCCAGAAUCAUCACCCCCAGCAUCAUCUCCACCUCAUGCAGGAAAUAGAUAUCCCAACCCAGGAUAUCUUGGGUCGUCCAGCCAUGUCGCCAUAUUCAAACAUAUUACUUCAUCAGAUAGUCAAAGUGCUACGUCUCAUUUGAGCCCUAACACCGCUUCGUGGACAGCAUCUCUCUUCCCGCCUGACGAUGAUCUCGUCGUCCAGCGAUGUGCAGAUGCCCUCAAAAUGCUCCUGACGAGGUUUUCCUUGCCUGCUAUGAAAGAGCUAAUAAAGCUAUGGCGGGCAAGGGGAACUAAUCUUGCGAUUAUGGGUGCUAUGGUUGAUCAAUGUAUUGAUAACAUUCCCCUACCACCCUCAUCGACGAACGAAGAUUGGCAUCUGCUAUAUGCGAAAUCCCUUCUCACUAACUCUUCCCAGCCGCUCAGAUACUCUCAGCACUCUACCUUCUCCGAGUUCUGUGCUCAGUUCAUUAAUCAGAAUAUGCGAUGGGAAACACUCGCAAUCUUCCUCUCAGCUGUGGUCCGCGCCACUAUGGAUAUUCAGUUCUUCCCGUCGCUGUAUAUGACCGAGGAGAAGAAGUAUAGCCUUAGGAGGCUAUGCACGAGAUUAGCGGACUAUGCUCUGGAGAUUACCAUCUCUCUCGACUGUUUGAAUGACCUUCAGAUCUGCUUACAGUAUGAGAACUUCAUCGUGCAUUCCCAUGUAGACGGGGACCAUAGCUACUAUUCAUGGCGGAAGCUCGGAGACGUUAUAUCCUCAAUAUAUGCUCUAGGCUACCAUGAGAAUCUCGAUGAAAAACCCGAUACACCUCGCUUCUUGACCGAGCUACGCAAGGCUGUCUUUGCCCGCGUCUAUUCGGCGGACAAGAAUGUUGCCAUCUUCGUCGGUCGACCACCUCGCAUGAAUAGACAGUUCUGUUAUUUUCAGAUUCCCUCAAGUCCGCUUCCCGAUGACAUUUGGUUUAUCUCCUCUGAAAAGCUGGAUAAUGAAAUCAAUGAUCCUUUUAGCUGGGACCCGUCGACUAAAGCGAGCUAUAUGGCUGAGACUCGAUGGACUGCAUUGUGUGCUCGGGUUAAAGAGGAUAUACUCAACUUGCAGAGAAGCCGGCCAAGUGACAUGGAACUUUUCUAUCAAAGGGUUACUGACAUCAAAGCUCAGGCUGAAAAGAACUACUCUGCACUGCCUCCGCAUUUUCAGUUCCACAACAAUCUCAGAGACAAUACACUGAGCACCUUUGAACGCGACUUCAUCGGCUCAGUGCAGCUGAAUCACUUGCACGCGCUCUUUCUGCUGAAUCUCCUCCUGCUAAGUACCCCUACUGAGCCAGAUCCCACCCUUGUGGACAUCGCCGAACAGAUACUCUCAGUCACAGUGGACAUGGUUCUCUUGCGUGACCAACUUACAAACUCGGGGACGUGUCUCCUGUGGAAGGUCGCCUAUCAUGGUCUUCCUGCUGCAGGAAUUCUCCUCCUCGCUCUUCUCAACGAGCGGGCCACUCCUAGUAUGCCCCGUAUAACACGGCCUCGAACACUCCAGCAUCUGACAAUCCUCUCUGCGGAGAUUCAAGCCGGAUCGAUCAUUCGGCCCCAAGAACCCAACUAUGAGCUUAUGUCCAAGGCCAUGCAAACGAUUCAGAGCUUCCUGGACUCGGUCACUUCUGAACCCAUGCACCCUGUAUCAGACUUGACACCCCGCAGUCCGAACCUUAUUGAAUGGUCCAGCUUUCCUUACCAGGAAUCUUUAGACUUUGAAAUUGGGUUCUGGGAGAGUCUCGCAGACCAUCCGCUACUGAGCUUUCAAUCUGGGCUGAUGGCGCCCGAGUAA